UCUGGGGCUGGAAGCACAUAGCGGGGUGUUAAUCCAGAACUAUAUUUGACUUGUGUGCUGUACAUACUCAAAACAGCGGCUUGCAGUCUAUUUUAAACGCAAGAACUCCAGACAUUUUUUGUUGUAAUGAAGCGAGCUUCACAACGUGCCUAGUUCAUACAAUACAAUGAACAUACACAGCAAUUCAGCGAGGACUGUAAAAAAGUAAACAAACUUGAAGAGCUUGACGUAGAACACAAAUCGAAAAACUGGAUUAGUGGGAAGAGAAUAUGUACCGUUUUAAAUCGUAAACACAAUGGAUAAUAACACUAGCACCACGUUGUCUGAUGAAGAGGCAUUGAUUGGAGAAGUCCAAAGAGGAGAUAGCGAGGACAAUGCAUUCCAAGAAGACUUUGACCUGGUUCAAAUGCAUCUCACCUGUUUACCGGAGCGGUACAUGCACGCGAAGUUUACUUUAUCGGCGUACCUGCUGUGUUGGAUGAUACUGCAGCUGUGCAAAGCCACAGAAACAGAAGACCCUGCAAGUGAAAUUGAUUUCAUAGAAGAUCGAGGUUCGGACCCUAACCCAGAGGAAACACUGCAAACAAAGGAAUCAAGUGAUACUGCUAAUGAACCUACAUGCGAAGCAACAGAGGAGUAUUUUGACACACGGUCAUGUGACAGUGACACUCUUUCUGACGUAAGCCCAGAUAGCUGUGAAGACGCUGCAGGAACAGAGUCCAGGGCUGAUGAGAACAGAACAGACUGCCAACUGGAAACUGAAUCCGAACUGAAUGACAUCGGCUUGGGUUCAGCCAAAGGUUCAUCUAAUACACAUCAAAAGGCUUGUGAUGUUAUUCCUGUUCUUCAGCACCUAAAUGAAACAGAUUCUAAAUCUGACUCAGAACUGGUUUCUGUGGAGCAAGAUUUAGAAUCAGCAUGCGUAAGGCAAGAUGAAAAUCCUCUUCUGUCAGAACCAGAAGUGACUGGUGCUACUUCUGUGGCACAAACAGAACAAUCACUUGUUAUUUUUAAUACAGAAACACCUCUGAAGGAAGCUGGAAUUUCCAUCUUCGUAGACACCAUCUCCGGUCAGGGUGUUACUGAAGCAAGUCAGGUACUGAACUUUACAAAUAAGAAGUUAGAAUUAAAUGGACUUCAUCCUGAAACAAAUCCAGCAUCAGCUGAACAUAACGUAGUUCCUGAUGAGCCAGAGCCUGCAGCAGGAUCUGCUGCCGAUCUAAGUAGUCCUGCUACACUUUUAGGGACAAUUGAAUCCCCUGCAGCACAAGAUGAAGCAGAACACCAGUUUGAUAAUUUUAUAGAGUAUACAGAAGAAAGACCUUUGGAUUCUGAGACAAGUUCAGAGAUACGCAAAAUUGUUGAUGAGCUACUAGAAUCUUUGAGUCAGGUGGAGCCUGAACUGAGCCAGGAUGCACCUGGAACAGAGGGCAGUCAAAUUUGUUUAGAGACUCAAUCAAAGCCAGAAGGUGAUGGUUCAGAUUCAAAUUCACGGGUGGAGGAACAAUCUUUUGUUGAUGGUACUGCAGAACAGCAUUGUAUAGAAUCUUUUGAUACAAACUGUGAGAACAUUUGUGCAGACAAUCAGAGACUUGCAGAUUUGCCUAAAUCUGGUCUACCUGAACUGAGUGUACAGUUAAAUGGUUCAUCUUCUGAAUCUGAAAGUUUUUGUGUCCUACAAGAAAUACUUUCUGAAGGGAGUAGCACAGGGCUCGAGACUAGCUCAGAGACAUUGGAGAGCCCACUAGAUGUGACAACAACCAUUUCAACAAAUUCAGCAGAACUAAAUGAACCCUGCCCUGUAGCCAACUCAAAUGUAAUUCAGACUGAUUUGGAGGUAAAUUUUGAUCAAAGCCUGGACCAUACUUCAGAGAGAAAAUCUGGAGUAUUUCAAGUAACGACUAAAACAGCUGUGGAAUCUAAUCAUUUGCAAGAAUGUGAUGCGGGCACUGAAACUGACCUUUUUCAGAGAGAAAGUUUAAAAGGCAAUAACUCAGGCUUAAGUGAAAUUCCACUUAAGACAAUACAAAUAACAGUGAGCACAAGUGCACAGUUUAAUAGUGUUUCUGAGGAAACUUAUUUUGAGAAUAACACCACCCCCUCCGAACCGCAAUCAGACAAUAAUAAUAAUACAGACUCAAGCUUAGAAACAUACAAUGUUGACCACCCUAUAAGAACAGAGGUAGACCAGGUAUUAGUUGGAAUUUGUAGUGGGCAGACAGAUUAUGCUUCUCAAUUAACUGAAGAGCCACUGGAUUCUUUGUCAGAAGAAGCAGUUAGAAUUCACUUUAAGGAUAAUCUUAGAGAAAACCAUUGCCAUUUACAAGCAGAUCUAAAUUAUAUUGCAAUUAUUAAUAAUCAGGAAAAAGAAGUGAGUUCUCCCAGUUGUUCAAAAUUCGAGCCAAGCAUUGCUGAUGUAGAGGACACCCCAAGCAACCCAGGCUAUGAACCAAAUUGGAGCAGUGAUGAGUUGGUUUCAGGGACAAGUGAUGAUGAUCUAGAAUCUGAUCACGCUUGUAUUAAAACUGCUCCCCAGAUUGAAACUUCUGUCACAAAUGAAUUCAAGACCUCUCAGAAGGAGAUUGUGGUCAGCAGUGUGUGUCACACAAAUGCAAGUGUAGUGACCCAGGAUGCUAGAGAUUGUACAUUGAAUACAGGGAUUGAAAACAAUAGCACUGGUUCUGAGGGUCAUACCGACUCACAGACUAACAGAAAGUCUUCUGACAGUGCAGGUGACACAGUAGUUGUGGCAAACGGUAACACAAUUAAAGCCAGUCCAGAAGUGGGUUUUAAGAAGUCUGACCACAGUGCAAGUAGCAAAUUCCUUGUCCAAAGAAAGACGAUUGUUCCAGAGAAUCCUGUUGAUACAGGACAGAGCUCCUCGGCAAGACUGUCGGAGGUAAGAGAGAUUUUAUUACAGACGGGAGAAGAGGAGGAAAACAGUAAAAAUCUUUUAAGAGAAGCAGCAGUCAGUGGUCUAUGUUUUGAUGCAAAGGAAGAUAUAAAAGCUACAUCGUGCAGAUUACCAGAACAAAGCAGUGAAACAACUCAACUGUGUUCUGAAUCGAGCCUGUCUGCCCAUGAAAUUCCUGAAGAGGGGAGCUUAGAACCAGAUACAAAUUAUAACUUGGGGUUGGUAAGUUUCCGAGAUGAAAUACAACUGAAGGAUGAAUACAGUUUAAUCAGCCGUCAGGAGACUGAUCAAGAAGUUAGUAUAGGUACAGAACUCCUACAAAGUAGGAUAAUUGCUGAUGAGAAUCUGUUUACCGGCAAAGCUUCAAGUGAUAGGUCAACGACUGAAAGAAAAGAAGAAACAAAAGCAUCAGGACUGACUCAAAUUAACAACUCUGAUCUGGCCAGUAAGCUACCAGAUACAGUUAAGGAGCAACAGCAAAGCAUUGUUACAAGCGAACAUGAAAGCAGUGGGGAAAUGACCCCCGUCCUCAAUGGUUACAUGGCCAGUAAAAGCCAACUCUGUCCCACAAUGGUAUUGCAGGACGCUGAUGGAGUUAGUACCAACAGCGAAGAAAUGGAUGACAAUUUCUAUACAUUCCUUGGCAGCAACAACAGCCUCCACAAAGCUGUGCAGAAACAGACGUCCAAGAGUAGCACGACUGGCAAGACCUCAAAAUCAGUUUUCUCCAAAAUGCCCUCUUUUAGGAGGAAAAAAAAAGCAUCCCAAGACAACAAAGAAAAAUGUGAAAACCCUUCCAAGGACAGUACCAGAGCACCCCAGGUGGAGGACAGCAGUGGGGAAAAAGGACACGAUAACAUGACCAAGGAUGGUGUACCCCCUUAUAAAAUCCAUUAUCCUUUAUACAGGGCACAUGUAUCCUAUGGGUCAGAUAAUCUUCAGCACACUCCUAGUGGUGAAGAGCUUAUCGCAGAUAAUUCUGAUGAAGAGGGGGUCUUUGAGAAUAGCAGCACACUCAAUCAGAAUAUGAGUAAGGCUUUUUUUAGUGGCAGGAUUGAAAUGGAUGACUAUGGCUUCCACGCCUCCACUCCGUGGACAAAGCAUGUUAGAAAACUGUAUAAUCAGAGUUCAAGAACUGUUGAUGGUGAAACUAUCAGCAGGAAUGGGGACCACGAGGCCAAAAAGUCUCAAACUGGAGAGAACGUGGGCUACAAGAGGAGCAAAAGCACAGACAGCCUCAAUCUACGCAUGAGGUUUGCUCUGGCCCACAAGUCCUUAUCAAGCUUCUUUGAGUCCAAGUCCAUGGAAAAAGAAAACAAGGAGCAUGGUUCCAAACUGGACAGUGAAGAGACCAAGUCCAAACAGAUAUCCUGGAGGAAGUUCAAGAAAGCUAAGGAAGCUGAGUUACUGAAACGUGGCAUGUCAUCCUCAGCAGCUCAAAGCACAAGGUCUCACCAGCAAAUCCACAGCGAGUAUGCCAUAAGCAUAUCCGGGGACACGAAGGAAGGCAGGGCCUCUCCAGAUGUGAAGAGGGCCUCCAAGUCCAGUGACUGCACCGAACAAGCUAGCUCAGUUGAAAUCCCAGGAAACCCUCUGGAAGGAAGCAAAUCAACAGAUGGCAAAAAGAGGAAAGGACCACCCAACGGACUAACCAUUGUUUGCUCUAAUCCUAGUUUACAAAAAUUGGAAUCCUCAAAGAACGACUUGGAUGUUUCUCACCUGGAAGAUGUCAGCCCAUUAAUGCCAAUUAGCCCCUGCAGUCAGCAAGCACAAGCUAACCAACUAACGCCAUCUUGGUCCAGCAACCCCACGCCUUCAGAGGGAAUGGAUGUUCCGCUGAGACCCAUGAGCCCCAAACCACAGAGCCCACACCCUGGCACGAGCAGGCGGAGUUUCCGCUACCCUUGCAGGGCCAGUGCAGCCUCUUUGACCUCUCUUGGCAAUGGGGUCAGUUUAGAAGGGCUCACAGAUCCCCCAGAAAGGCCAAAGACGUUGAAGCCCAGAGCAGCACAACUCCUGUCUGUCCAUUCACUGGACACUGACUACCAGAAGGAGGACAGUGGUAGUAGCAGCCAGUCACAAACAAGCCUUAUCAUCUCUUCUUCAGCCUUUAAUAUACAUAAAGAUGAGGACAUUAUCAAAUCACCAGUCCAAACACCCGAUCAGUCGCUCACCCCACGAAAGAAGUACCCCUCCCCGACCUCGCCCCCCCGCCACCCCUUCUCAGACCUGGGCAGCUGGACCCUCCCCCUCCCGAGGGCCUCUGAGAGUCCCCGCGAGAAGAUGAAAGAGCUGGUGAAGCGAUGCAGCUCGGAUGAUCUGUGGAUUGUAGAAGAGAAGCGGCGCAAACGGAAGCUGGCAAGGGAGAUGCCAGUCAGCUUCAGCAGGCAAGGAGUGGAGCUGUCGGACGACCUGUGGAAAGCCAGGGCGAGACUGUCCCUCACUACAUCGGUACCCUUUCCUCCUCUCCCCCUGAAGGCUCACAGUUUCUCCCAGAGCACUCCCAUUGGCCUGGACUGCCUGGGCUGGAGGCGACGGAUCUCCUACCCGGUGAUCACCGAUGGAGCCCAUGAUAAGACAACGCUGGUGGAUGAUGUUGGCAGUGAAGAGGAUCUGUACGAAGAUUUCCGCUGCUCCAAUCACCGCUUUGGGCACCCGGGAGGAGGAGGGGAGCAGCUGGCCAUAAACGAGUUAAUCAGUGAUGGCAGUACAGUGUAUGCAGAGGCCCUGUGGGACCACGUCACCAUGGAUGACCAGGAGCUGGGGUUUAAGGCAGGGGACGUCAUUGAAGUAGUGGAUGCUACCAACAAGGAGUGGUGGUGGGGAAGGAUCCUGGACAGCGAGGGCUGGUUCCCAGCCAGCUUCGUUCGGCUGCGUGUUAACCAGGAUGAACCUAUGGAGGAAUAUUUAGCCAAACUGGAGGAUGGGAAGGCAGAAGAUUCCAGCAGCUCAGUACGCCGACACGGACCUGGGUUUCCCAGCAAGGACCAGAUGAGGACCAACGUCAUCAAUGAGAUCAUGAGCACGGAGAAUGACUACAUGAAACACUUGAAGGACAUCUGUGAGGGUUAUAUUAAACAGUGUCGGAAGAGAACAGACAUGUUUACAGAUGAGCAGCUGUGUACCAUCUUCGGGAACAUCGAUGAAAUUUACAGGACUCAGAAGAAAUUCCUGAAAGGCCUGGAGAAGAGGUUUAACAGAGAAAACCCACAUUUGAGUGAAAUUGGAUCCUGUUUCAUAGAGCAUCAAACGGAUUUCCAGAUCUAUUCGGAAUAUUGUAACAAUCACCCCAAUGCCUGUGUGGAGCUCUCCAAGCUCAUGAAGGUCAACAAGUAUGUGUUCUUCUUCGAGGCAUGCCGGCUGCUUCAGAAGAUGAUUGAUAUCUCUCUGGACGGCUUCCUGCUCACUCCAGUACAGAAGAUCUGCAAGUACCCACUGCAGCUGGCUGAGCUGCUCAAAUACACCAACCCCCAACACAGGGAUUACAAAGACGUGGAGGCUGCCUUAAACGCGAUGAAGAAUGUCGCCAGGCUGAUAAACGAGAGAAAGCGGCGCCUGGAGAACAUUGAUAAAAUCGCCCAAUGGCAGAGUUCAAUAGAGGACUGGGAGGGUGAAGACUUGUUAAGCAGAAGUUCAGAGCUGAUUUACUCUGGAGAACUGGCCAAAAUCUCCCAGCCUCAAGCUAAGAGCCAGCAGCGCUUGUUCUUCUUGUUUGACCAACAGCUUGUCUACUGCAAGAAGGACCUGCUGCGCCGGGACAUGCUUUACUACAAGGGCCGAAUAGACCUGGAUGACAUGGAAGUGCUGGACGUGGACGACGGGAAGGACAAGGACUUCAACGUGAGCGUGAAGAACGCCUUCAAGCUGCGCAGCCUGCACUGUGACGAGGUCCACCUGCUCUGUGCCAAGAAGCCGGAACACAAGCAGCGCUGGCUCCGCGCCUUCGACGACGAGAGGAGGCAAGUGCAGCACGACAGGGAGACAGGUUUUGCCAUAACGGAGGUCCAAAAGAAACAGGCCAUGCAGAAUGCAUGCAAGACCCACCCAGCAGGAAAGCCUAAAGCUGUCACCAGGCCUUACUACGACUUCCUUCUGCGCCAGAAGCACUCGACCCUGCCAGCCGCCCUCCCCCAACAGCAGGUCUUCAUGCUGGCCGAGCCCAAGCGCAAGCCCUCCCACUUCUGGCAGAACAUUGGGAGACUGACACCCUUUAAGAAAUGAAAUGGAGAGAGUUCUGCGCCUGUGCCUGUAUUGAAGCCCUAACGCCCCCCUUUUCAUUGUAUUGGUCCUCGAGAAAGCACUUUAUAGGUUGGUUACAAUCAGACUGAGCACUUGCUCCCAGACAGUAUUCUCAUAACAGAGGAGGUCAUGUUGCUACUGCUACUACUACUACUGCACCCUAUUUAUUUGAAAGACCUUGACUGAAGAAAGAACUGGUUUACAGUGUUUUUGUUUUGUUUGCUUUUAAUGAAUGCCAACUGUUAGCAGUGCCAUGUAGCUUGUUGGCUGUGCAUAGCAUGUUAGCUUUGGAGAGAAAACAUCUCUGUGUAGUACUAAGACAUCGGUUUUUAUUUUGUAUUUCUUUGGAGAGAAUACAUUCACACAUUUGCUUCGUCAUUUCCUGAUAUUCUUACAUGCCUGGAUUUCUAACAGUUCAUUCCAGAAUUGUCUAUAGAGUAUUCUAUAGAUUGAUGUCAUGGGCCCUUUCAUAAUAAAUGGAAGAAAUGAAGAAAAAACAAAAACAACAAGAAGAAUUGCAUUUCAGAUAAUUGUGUUUCCUUUAUGUAUAGAUUGAAGGGAUUUACUAUACAAUAGGAGAGGAAAUGAGUGUUUCAAUGGUAAAGUACUGUAUAUUUAUAAGUUGAAUCUGCCAAUUUAAAAAAAAAAUAAAAAUCCUAAGAGCAUAUUUAGAAAGUGAAAUAUUUUAUAGUUUAUCAAAAGCAUGUGCCUAAACUGUAUUACAAAAAUACAGAAACUCUUCUGUUUUAUUUAACAUGACACUUUGUUUAAACUAGCCCAAACUAGCUCAAGUAGUCACUCGUCAUCCCUACAGAUAUUUGGAGUCCACAUCUUCUUCUGAUUAUGUGUCUGUGCGCUUCUCUAACCACCUCUUCUCCAAAUUUCAUUUUUGGGGGUUAUUUUUUAACAGAGGCAAAGAGAUUAUAAGGUUGCCUGAGGGUGGCAUUGUACAGUAUGUGUUCUUUCAGUUUUGAUUUGCAAGCCACAACUUCCGCAUGAACCCAAAAACAUAUUUUAUAUGAAUUGUUGUCUUGUUCAUUUAAAUGUAAAUGAUUUUCGCUUUGAAAAGUCUGAAGCCACAACACCACAAGCAGCUUGAUCCUCCCUGCUGGUCUGCACUAAAGGCAAUUUUGAUUUCCUAAACAUUAAAGGGUUAAUCUUUAAUAAAUGUGCGUAGCCAAUCAGAAAAACCAUCAAAAGAUGUCUGCUUUUUCAAUGACUGCAAGUGUGUAAGUGCAUUUGUGUAUAAGACUGUAUGUCUACAGCAUUUCAUUAUAUAUGGAAAAUAAAUAUUGAAUAUGAAAUUGAUUGGCCUAUACUGUACACUAAGACGAUAUUUGGCCUGUAUAUUUUUUACAGUGGUUGCAGAAAAAUUAAAAACACUUACUGUUGAAACUCUCAAUAUUUCUAGUCCGCAGCGAGGGUAUCUUUACAAUUAAAGCUUUAAUUAAAGACAUGCUGUGAAAGGCUGAAAGGUACACAAUAUCUAGAACAGAGUGCUAGAGGACUGUCAAGCCUAUAGUCCAACAUGGAGGGGAGACGCUGAUGUUAAGAACAUACCAAAUGAUAAAAGAAAGCAUGGAAUACUAUACCAAAGUUAAUUAAGGGUAGGCUGUAUGAUGAGAAGGUUGAGGUUAUUUCACAUUUUUGUACUGUAAAUUGGCUUUUAUAAUAGCAGCCCUACUGUUCCCUGCAGGAGUCUUACAGCUCGGGAUUGUGAAGCACAUAGCAGUAAAUAUCAUGAAAUGCUUGAGUGAGAUGCUUUCCAUACAUAUAGCUGCAAGCUGGGUUGGAGUGUCACAGCAGAGACAAGGUGUUACAUGCAAUUAUGGAUUUGCAUUGAUUUACUGGACGUCGCAUUUAAAAACAGUGUUAAUAGGCCAUUCCAGGCUGCUUUUACACUACAGUCUGGACUCCUGAUAAGCAUAUAUACUGUAUAAUAAAUCCCUUUUGGUGUGUAAUGCACAUUAAGGGUUUUAAAUCCUGUUACUGCAGCAAACCUUAAAAAUAACCUGAAUCUGCUUUUACUUAAAAAUAUUUGCACAGCUGUGUAAUGCCAGCUAAAUACAAAAUCCUUACUGAUUAAUCCUUUGUUCACAGCAAGAUCAACCAGUUUUUAAAAGCACUGUACUGCCCUCUACUGGAAUAAAACACCCACUCCAUUAAUUUUGAGUUUUGCACAUAUAAGAGUGGGAUUUAUACUAAACUGCUACAGUGCAUGUGCCAAAAGAUGCCGGAUUUCAAGCAGCACUGGGGAUAAAGAAUUUAAUUUGUCCAAACGGUUGUGUAUGUAGGCUGUUCCAUUCGUACACUGACUCUUGAUCCAAAAACAUUGUUUGCAGUUCUGAAUAAUCUACAAAGAUAUUCCAUGGUUUUAUUGAUAUAAUAACAGAUUCUCUCUAUCCACACUGAAAGAAUGUGACAGGUCCACCGAAAAUCUAAAUUACAAAUGUAUACAUCAGUAGAACAGUAGCUAAAAAUCAACACAUUUGAAAUGGACAACUUCAACCCAAGUACUAGGGCACAAAUUGAGUAAUCUGCCAACUCUGUAGAAAAUCAAGGAGAUUACUACACUGUACCUAACGGGGGUAUACUGUAUUUAGUGCCAAAGAAGGUAACAGUGUAUAUGCAGAUAUUUAUAUACACAUACUGUGCUGUAUAUACAUAAUUACAAAGCAAGGUAUUAUUGGGGGAAUACAUGGGGAAUAAAUUAAGCUUAAAAGAAGGUACAAACAUUCCAAAAUUCCGUCUAAACUCCAAAUUCAGAAAAGAUGUGUGUGUAAUAUUUGUCCUGUGUUACCAUUAACAACCAGUUUAAUUCCAUUACCAUACAGUAUAUUCUAUUUUCUUCUGAAUGCCUCAUUUUGAUAACAGACACCCUCUUACUGUGCUGUUGAGUAAAACAUGACCGUGUUUAGAUGACCAAGGCUGGGACAAUGGUGUCAAUUCUAUGCAACAGGAACCCUGAAAAAUGGCCAUGUUGUCACUUUAGGACGUCACUAAAAAUUGAAUUACUCCCUGGCCGACAUCACAUGGAAAGUAAUUUUAAAAUGUUUUGUUGUCUACUGGCAAAAUAAUGUUGCUAAAGUUUCUCAAAAAUAUAAUGUUCUGAAUUCUGAAACUGGGUUCAUUUCAUGUAACUGGUUUCCUGCAUACAAUGUUCAGUAACCUUUCUUUUUAUAAAAAAUAAUAUUGCAAUAGGAAACCAAUUGAACAAAUAUCAUUUCUCAGUUUAUAACUGAACAUGAGAUGAGGCGAUCCUUUUGGUGGAAUAUUCCAUGUGUUAUUUAAUACCCAAAUAUUAAUCUGUGUGACAAGCCAAGCUGCCUGAAACAAAUGUUGUCAUCAAACUGGUUAGUAACUGAGACUAGUCUUAGUUGUGUAUCUGUUGGUCAAUAGCCCCCUUGAGAGUAAUAUAUUGUGACUAAGAUAUUGGCCAUUAUUUGUGGACAAGGCAGUAUAAUAAAACACUUUGGAAUGCUGCAGUAAUUCAACAGGGAGCCUGCAUAGUUUAAGCUUGAAAACAUUUGAACUUAAUCUGGGCUUUAUUGUAUAAAAAAUGAUAGCUUUGCUGAAGAUAUAGCAUUGCAGCCCUAUAGUUCCAUUACCAUGCCUAUAGACAAUGACAUGCCUAUAGCAUUGCUGUAAUUUUGAUUGUGUUCAGGCCUAACAAUAUGCACAAAAAGUGUGUGAAAAUUCUAGUGCUAGUGUUUUGCUAAAAUAACCUAGAUUUAUUACUUGGUGGUAAUAUCUCAUAUAAACAAGUAACAACAUUAAAAUGCAAUUUAUUUGCCUACUUAUGUAACAUAUUCAGGAAUUAGGCACUCAAACCAUGAAACAAGUGAUGUUACUAAUGCAUUUUGCAUAAAUGAUUUAGAAAACUAAGAUCCAGACAUGUAAUAUUUCUGUAUAUAUAAAUAUUUUCUGAAACAGUUUAGCUCGAAUUUUGUGGGAGAAUGCCAGUAUCAAUGCUUCCUGCACUGUUUUAUAUUCCAGUGUGAGCUAGGCACUUGUGAUAUGUAAGUGUAGUUUGUUUAAAAACAAUAAUUCUACAGAAUUUCAGUGUUUGUAUAUUAUAUCUUUGUAUGUAAUGGUUGUUUACAUAUUGUAUGCACUCAAACCAUGAGAAAUAAAACAGUUUCAAUGGAUUUCA